ACUCUGUUUUGCUACUCUCACUCUAUCUCCUGACCUUAUUCCCUGUUUCGCUCUGUAAUCCAUGGCUGCUUCUGCGAAUUCGUGUGGUGCGGAUAGUGUGCCUCCCUUCUACUUCGACGAGAAGUGGAAGUUGUCCAAGAAAGAGGCUUCUUCUAGAAGCCGCUCUUCUCUUUCUUCUUCUUCGUCUUUCAUGAAGAAUUCGAGCACCACUCAGAGGCGGUGUGCGUUCGCCAGAAAGUGCGCGAGGCUCGUGAAGGAACAGAGGGCUCGAUUCUACAUCGUGAGGCGCUGCGUCAUUAUGCUUAUCUGCUGGCGCGACUAUGGCGAUUCUUGAAGACGCAGCUAAGAAAGGCGAUUUCCGAGAGAUACUCGCAACAGAAAAGUCUAUCUCUCUCUCCCCACCUCCUUUUUCCAGAUCCUUGACGAGGAAAGACUCGGAAGAGAUUAUACACCUGUACAUAUAAAGUUCUUUUUCUUUCUCUCUUUGUUUUUCUCAGGUGGUUUAGGCUUGGAAUAGAAACUUUUUUUCCUUCUUUUUUUCUUUUAAAGGGCUCUGAACCUCCAUUGACGGAGGUUUCUUGGUGGUGGUAGUGUUAAUAGUGCUAUAGAAGAGGGACUAGAAUGAAGGAAUUUAUGAAUUAACAUACAGUUUUGUUUGGUGCUUAAUCUUCUUGGCUUUAUUGUGAUACUGUGGAGUUGAAUUUGUGGCA